CGCUCAACAAAACCAGGCACGUUCGUUUCGGUUUGUUUUCACGGUGGAGGCUGAAUGACAGAGCACGGCUGAAGUCGAGUUAAAGUGAGGCGAUUCUGUGAAGAGUAAAGUUUAAACUGUGGACAGCUGAAGACACAGGGGUUAACAAAAUGUCUGAGUCUGUCAUCAGAUCGAAACAAGCUCAGAGAGAAGUCAAUGGGAUUCCAACAGAAGUCGUCUGUACAGAGUUCAGUAAUUACAUAUUUGUAGUUCUCACUCAGUAUGGCAAAAUUGGGACAUUGAUCUCUGUCACACCCGACUCCAGAUCUAAUGAUCUAAGCACCCCAACGUUCUCUACAAAAGUACUGCUGGGCAAAGAUGAGCCUCUGACACAUGUCUGUGCCAAAAACCUGGCGAUGUUCGUGUCGCAGGAAUCUGGCAACCGGCCUGUCUUGCUGGGACUGGCACUGAAGGAUUCCUCCAUAGAUGCAAUAAAACAAAUUAAAGAGAUGAUCAAAAGUUGUCAAGUCUGGUAGGAAGUAAUUAAAACGGACAUGAAGCCUGUAGGCGGCGUAAAAUACAGUUCGUCUGGAUACACUGUCACGUUUUAUCUCGGCAUCUUUUUUAAAAUGAAACUCCUCCAAAAAUUAAUCUGAUUAAAACAAUUAUGUCUCCAAGACAUAAAUGUGCAGAGCAGAUUGUCUUCCACAAAACAUAAUUUAUGAAACGCAUAAUUAACUGUUUGUUAAAAAGAAAGGUUUUCUGCAUGUUAUUUUGCUUUCAAAAGCUCAAUGUGUGCUGAUUAAGUGAUGGUUUGCAAAAAGAUGUUAUCACUGUAUAUUUUGGUCAUUAUUAACACUCUGGAUUAUUUUUGUCAUCAUCCUCAGAACUUUGUACUUUUGUGAAAAAAAGCCUUUUAUAGAACAUGUGAUUCAUUUGUAUUUUUUCAACUGAAUUUAAAGAUGCAUAUGAGCUUGGUUAAGAUAAGAGCUUUGGUUUUGUCAAGUACAUUUUGUUAUUCAUUUGUUUCUAUAACAUCUCACUACUUGAGCUUUGAUAUCAGAACAAUAGCUAACUUUUAUAUGCAUUAAAUAUAAUUAAUAUGCUCAA